CCGCCCACCGCCUGCACUCGCCCACCCAUCAGCCACCAGCACGAGUACACACACUCCAGGUGACCGGCACUCGCACUUCCAUUCAUCCAUUGAAGACGAUAUUAAAACCGAAAACUGAUCGAAGCGGCAGCUGCUUUCGCCGAUUGCCUUAUCUGUGUUCUACUCUUAGUGCUGACACGAGUCGGUGACCGACGACAACCGUACGCACACUCCUCGAGACGUCGCCCGGUCCACCCGCGUCCGCCGUCGACCGUUCCACGACAACGCCGAAAGGAAAUCUGAAACGGACUGCCAUCGACAGGACGCCUCUCAACUACUAAACAUAACGACGACUGGUCAACAGCACAAGAUAUUAUUUUAAACAUGUCAUCGUCAUCAAGAUACAGGGAUUCUGGUAAUCCAGAUUGCAAAAUAUAUGUUGGUGAUCUAGGAUCAUCUGCAUCCAAACAAGAUUUAGAAGAUGCUUUUUCAUACUAUGGUUCAAUUCGUAAUGUAUGGGUUGCCCGUAAUCCUCCUGGUUUUGCUUUUGUUGAAUUUGAAGAUCCAAGAGAUGCAGAAGAUGCAGUUAGAGGGUUAGAUGGCAGGAGCAUUUGUGGUAGACGAGUCCGAGUAGAAUUAUCUAAUGCUGGAUCACGUAAAGGUGCUUAUAGGGGAGGCCCACCUCGUCGAGGCCGUCCAUUCCAUCCUGAAGACAAAUGUUAUGAAUGUGGUGAUAGAGGACAUUAUGCUCGUGAUUGUAGACGUUUUAAAGGAGGACGACGCAGGUCAUACACUCCUUCUCGGUCUCGUUCACGAUCAUACAGCCGUCGUUCUCGUUCUGGUUCAAGAUCUCCUUCACGUUCCCGUUCAAGGUCUGUAUUAACUAGUCGUUCAAUUUCCAAGUCAAGAUCUCGCAGUCGAUAAGAAGAAUAUUAUGUGGUCAGUUAAAUUGUAUCAAAGCUUCUCAAGCAACCGUUAUGGACGUUAUGCUAUAUUUGCAUGGAUCAAAUACAGACGACUUAACCUGAGACCUAUCUACUAUAAUUUUUUUGAUUUAAGGUUAUAAUUAUCUUAUGAAUGUAUUUUACUUUUUUUUUAGUUAGAACUGUAUAAUAGUAAAUAUUAAAAUUUCUCUUUAUGAAAAUAUUGUUUAUAAUUUAUUAUUAUCAUUAUUUUUUUUAAUUAGUUGUGUUUUUAUCUUUGCACUAAAUGUAUUUGAUGUAUGCUUUACUUACAUAAUAUUUUUGUAAUUUAAUGGAUAAUUAAUGAAAUCAAAAAUAAAUAAAUAAUAAUAGUAGAUAAAUAAUUUCUUUAAAACUAAAAUAAUGUUCAUUAAUUAGUUAAUAUGUUAUCAAUAAUCUUGAAUCACUUAAUCUAUUUAAUUUUAGCUUAUUUCCUCAUCGAUGUAUUACAGUGGCGAAUGCUGACUGAUAAUAUAUGGGCAUGCUCAUUUAUCGUAAUGUAUUAUAGUUCUAUUUAAUUUAUAGCUAAUAAAUAAUACACAAACUUGUAUUAAUUUAUAAAUAAGACUUUAAUUUAAUAUAUAUUAUAGACAAUAGCACUUAAAUAAUACUUUAAUAAUUGUAAUUGAGACUUGACUAACUCUUUUAACUAAAAUAAAAAAAAUGUCAUUUACUCGUACACGUAAAUUUUAUAAAUUAUGUUGAUGAAGCACAACAGAAUGAGCAUGCCUUGGGUGGUUAAUACGUGGCUGCUAGUAGAGGGGAUCUAGGAGUAACUGGUUUUUUUACAGCGAUAACAAGGGUCGUAGAGCUUGCGCACACAUCUAUCGCAUACUCUAUCAUUAAAUGUUAGAAUAAAGAUAAACACAGAUACCUAAAUAUAACAGAAAUAAAUGAAUUAAUGUAACACAUUAUAUUUCUUUUAAAACGUAAUAUAUUAUUAAUUAUAAAAUAA